CUCCUCCUCCCCUCCAGGAGUACAGAGGAUGCGGAGACAAAAGGAUAGGAGGCGUUGAGGAGGCUUUUCGGAUGCUUCUUUUGCCACACAAAACCGUCCUGUUCUCUUCUCGGUGGACGUCGACAGCGACUCGCCCCCUUUUUUUUUUUUCCUCUCCCCGUCUGACCUCCUUCUAGAAUGCGUCCGAACCACCGUCGUAUUUGUUUGUUUGUCUGUGCUCGGAUGCACAGGGCGGGCGCCACAUCCUCAUCAUGAAGCUCCAAUACGAUGUGAUGUUCCGUUAGCCGCUGCUUGUCCCGCCUCGGCAUCUGCCCCUGAGUUUGUUCUCCUGCUCCGUCCUCCUCCGACACAGUCAUGAGUUCAUCUCCGCUGACGUCGCAAGCUCACAUGGACAUCCUGGAUGAGCUACAGCUAAUCACAGCCCAGAACCUGGAAAAGGUGGAGAUCAAUAAGUAUUAUGAAGUGAUUAGGGAACUAGGCAAGGGCACCUAUGGCAAGGUGGACCUCGUCAUCCAUAAGAUCAGAGGUACAAAAAUGGCACUGAAGUUCUUGAAGAAGAAGACGACCAAGCUGAAGUCGUUCGUGCGGGAGUACAGCAUCUCGCUCUACCUGACUCCCUGCCCUUUCAUCAUCAACAUGUUUGGCAUUGCCUUCGAGACGGACGAAUACUACGUGUUCGCGCAGGAAUACGCACUAGCAGGGGAUCUCUUUGACAUCAUUCCUCCACAGGUUGGUCUUCCUGAGACGGUGGCUAAGCGCUGCGUGCACCAAGUCGCCAUCGCUCUGGACUACCUGCAUUGUAAGAAGCUGGUCCACAGGGACAUCAAGCCGGAAAACAUACUCAUUUUUGACCGGGAGUGCCGCAAGGUGAAGUUGUCGGACUUUGGGAUGACCCGUCGUGCUGGCUCACCUGUGAAACGAGUCAGCGGCACCAUCCCAUACACGGCCCCCGAGCUGUGCGACGUGUCCCGCCACGAGGGUUUCUGCGUGGACUACAGCACGGACGUGUGGGCCUUUGGCGUGCUCCUUUUCUGCAUGCUGACGGGGAACUUCCCGUGGGAGAAGGCGCUGUCCACCGACUCCUUCUACCAGGAGUUCAUCCGCUGGCAGAGGAGAAGAACGAACACGGUGCCUUCCCAGUGGAGACGCUUCACCGAACAGGCACUUCGCAUGUUCCGCCGCCUGCUCUCGGUGGAGCAGGACCGCCGCUGCUCCGUCAAAGAGGUGUUCGGAUACUUCAGCCACUCGUGGAUGCUGGAUGGGGAGAACAACAACAAUAACAGCAGCGGCAACGGGGGAAGCGGCGCUGGGGGGGAAAGGGUCGUCGGAGGCAGCAACGUACGAGCGGAUGCAAACAACACUAUUUCCUCGUCUUCAUCUGGAGAGGAAGACGAGGAACUCCUGGUGGAGCGAAUGAAGCAGCAGACUCUAUCUCCCCUUUCCCCGCUGUCUCCGGUGGCUGUGGAGCGAGGGAGCGGAAGCGGGCCGAAGGGCGGCGCGAUGGAACUCGGCGGGGCCCACCACUUCGUAUCCGUGUCAACCAACAGCUCGGUGUCGUCCACCAACAGUUACGAGCGGAUGCCGCGGGAAAAUAGUUCACCGGGAGGCCGCAUGCUUGUGGCUACACCCAUCGAGAUUUGCGUCUGAGCACCUUUCGACAUUCUCUACGUUGAUCUCGUCUCACCUGUGUGCUCUUCUUCUUCUUCUUCUUCUUCUACCACUCAUCCAAACACGAAGAGUAGAUGUGCAUGCACGGCGAAAGACACACUGGCGGAAGCACACGAUGGAAGCGGACGAGUCCUGGGUGGGAAAAUAAAAUCAAUAUAAGAGAAGAAGACCAAAAUGUUGUUCCUAAAGCAAUACUUCCAAAAAUGCAAAAAAAAAAAAAAAGUUUGGUUGGGGCAUGACAUCAUCAGGGAGGUGAACUAAUGCCCCCCUGUGGACAAAGCUUGAAUUGCUUUGUACUGCGGACUUGUACUAGUUAGUACUUGCUAUGGAGAAACAAGCGAAGAGUGCUUGUGUGUGGAAGAUGCCUCACUCUGUUUCAUAUUUCUUAGCUUAUUGUUAUUGACAUAUUAGCUGAGUUGUUUUUGGAACACAGUCAGGAGGAGUUGCUUUUUCAGUCAGAAUAUUCAGGCUGUACCUCCACCUGAUUGUUAUUGGCUGACCCGGUGUCAUCCUUCCAUCCAUUCAUUCAUUUUCUAUGCCGCUUAUCCUCACUAGGGUCGCGGGUGUGCUGGAGUCUAACCCAGCUUUGUGUGGGCGAAAGGCGGAGUACACCCUGGACUCGUGUUUAACAUAUCUACUUCACUGUUUUCUACUCACGCUUCUGUUGACAAAAAAAAAAAAGCAUUUCUAUUUAGAAUUCAACUGAAAAAAUUCCAAAUGACCUAAUGCAUGACGAGUAGCUCACACAAAAAAUAGAAAAAAAAAUAAUGUUGUGAUGUGGAACUUUUUGACGUAGCACAAUUGCAUUACAUCUGAGAGUGAACGUCAUUAUGAUCUCUUGAGAUAUUUUAGGGCUAAAAAAAAAAAAAAAAAAAAAGAAGUUUCCAUUGAUUGUGUUUUAAUGUAUUUGUAUUAAUGUUGUAUAUUCAUGUCACCACCUUCAGGAACCUGGGGGGGUGGGGAAGCAAAGCAUGACUCCAUGAGAGCUACCGAGGUUGGGAAUUCAGCGAUUUUAGGAGCUUCUAGGCAUGGAAGUGUUUUUUAAAACAGCAAAAAAAGUCAUCUUUUCAUAAACAGGAAUAAUGUGAA